UGGGAGCGGCGGCGCUCUCGUUUUUCUCGGCCACGCUUGGGCCACGCCUGUUUUGGUUUACGAGAAGUGUGUGUAUUAUUGGUUUUACGUGUUUCUUGAGUAGAUUUUAGAAUCAAAAUGGCAGAAAGACGACGCAAGCGGAAUACGGACACCAUAGGAUCGGAUGAUGUGUCUGGAUCGGACGUUUCCCUUGAUGGUGGCCGCAGGAAAUCUUUGACGGAUUCAGAUGAGGAGGGGAGACACUCAAUAUAUGAUUCUGCCCAAAGUCUAGAGGAGCUGGCUGGCCCAGCUCAAUCUGAGGAAAAGAAAAGUUUGGACGAUGACGAGGACCGCAAGAAUCCUCAGUUUAUCCCAAAGAAGGGCAACUUCUAUGAGCAUGACGAUCGGGCCGGCGAUGAAGACGGCGACCGCAAGGUUCCGGAGCCGAAGCCGACGCGCCGUGUCUGGAAGGAGGCGGACCGGUGGCAGCACGACAAGUUUGACGAGAGCCAGCAGGCGCCCAAGUCGCACGAGGAGCUGGUCACCAUGUACGGAUACGAUAUCCGCAGCGAGGACCUGGCGCCGCGCGCCCGCCGCCGCCGACGAUACGGGCGCGGUCCCAACAAAUACACACGCAACUGGGAAGACGAGGAGGCCUACGGCAAGUCCGGCGGCGGCGGCAGGGGCGGACGGGUGGGCCGCGGCGGUCGGCGGGGCGGCGGCUCCGGCCCUCACCGGCCGCCGCCGACCGCCUCCAAGGACGAAUUCCCUGAGCUGGGUGAUGCACCUCCGCGACGCGGCUCCGGCGGGGACGGUCCGCCGCCGCGCCGCGAGCACUCGGACGAGCCGCCGCGGCCCCGGCAGCCGCCGCCACACCGCGAGCCGCCGGCGCGCCGCGAGCCCGUGGAGCUGGCCGAACCGCGCCGGCCCGGCCCGCCGGCAGAGGACGGCCGCAGGAGGGAGGAGCUCAGCAGGGGCGUGAAGAAGAUGACUAUCGAGGGUCAGGAGAGCCGUCGGGGACGAGGUGGCGGCGGUGGUGGGGGCGGCGGUACGCGCACCAGUCAGGUGCCGCCGCGCCUGCAGGAGCAGAUGUCUCGCCCGAAGCGCUACUCAUCUCAGCGUCAGCGUCAGCACGGUCAGACCGGGUACUCGGACCAGCCGGCCGGCUAUCCGGAGCGGUCGCCCCAGCAGGCGGCCUACCAGGAGCAGCCGCCCGCCUACCAGGAGCACGGUCAGUCGUACUACGAGGACGAGCCGGCGGCGGCCGGCCCGCCCGUCCAGCCGCCGCCAGAUAUGAUGCUGCCGGUGGUGGAGAGCGGCGGGGUGACUUACUACAACACCCAGGCGCAGGUGCCGCCGCCCGCCCAGCCGCUCCAGAAGCGACCCAAGGCGGCCAUACCGAUCCUGCGUCCGCCGGAGGGCUCAGUUGGCUCAGACGGCGAACUGGCCUCGCCCGAGAGCGGGCCGUCGGCACCUCUCAGGGACGCACCGCCGGAAUCAGACGGUGGGGAGCGGCCAGAGGCUGCGGCGGGAGAGGGUCCCGUGGGGGACGGGGCGCCCCCAGCUGUCCCAGCCGCUCCCGUGCGCGAGCCCGCCGCCGUGGAUCCCGCCCCAGCUCCAGCGGUACCGGCCGCCGCUCCGUCACCGGCUGCAGCGGAGGCCGCCGCCUCCCCGGCGGCGGCAGACGCGGAGCCGGCUCCUUCACAAGUGCCUUCGGCCGCCGCGCCGCCCGCCGGCGACCGCCAGACAGUGCUCUCCGAGGCGUCCGUCUCACCGGCGCCAGCAGUGGCAGAGAAGAGCGCAUCACCGACACCCGACACAUCAGUGGCGGAGGCGGCAGCGGCCCCUUCCCCCGUCCCAGAGGCGGCGCCAGCCCCUGCCCCCAUCCCAGCGGAGACGGUCCCUUCCCCCGCCCCGGCGGCACCGGCCUCUGCUCCCGCCCCAGAGGCGGCACCAGCCCCCGCCCCGGCGGCACCGGCCCCUUCCCCGGCGGCAGAGGAGCCGUCUCCAGCCCCCGCCGUCCCGUCGUCAGCUUCCCCCGUACCCCAGAGCUCUCCCGUCUCAGAACCCCCUGUAGCCGAACCGCCUCCAGCGGCACCCUUACCGACAGCGACAGAGGCGCCAGUGGCUAGUAGCUAAUGCAAUUCGAGUAGCUGUUAUCAAAUGUAGGCGGGGCGGCGGGAGCUGCGCUAUUGUACUGCAUGCUGCGUUAACAAUGUCGCGGGCUAUUUCGCGAGUCCCUCUCAGUACGCGGCGGGAGUUUGUACUUUGUAGCGAGGUUGGCUUGUGGUUCGAGGUGUGGCAGCAGGCUUGAGAGAAUUAUGUUCAGUUACGCCCCUUCCUUUAUUGUAUAGUGCGAUUCCUGUACAGCACCUACGCUUCUUUCCUACGAGUUCGUUUCCUCGUAGUAUGACACCGGCUUCCGGCCGUGAGGCUUUAUGCGGACCCAGCCAGCCGCGUGCGGGCCUUGGCAAUGUUCUCUCCCGGUCAUGUGGACUCUGUUGGCGAGGUGGGUGCGAUUAUGGUUCCCGCAAACUGCAAACCGGGAUUGGUGCUGGCGGUGAGCUCGUCUGUUAUAGGUACUAACUGUAUUUAUGUAUCAAUUUGACGUUUCCUUACUACAGCGUGACUCGUUACUGGAAGAUAAGAAGUGACUUUGUAUUUAAGAUUCAACUAACCUUUCCUGUGUUUGAAGUUUUCUUAACCUAAGGUCAUGUUUUGUUGCAUAAACAACGAAGCGCUUGAA